UUUAUGUCAUCAUUUAUAAUAACAAAACCAAAUACCUAAUAGACUUAAUCUCACUAUAACCUUAAUUCUGAGAGUUCACACCUUAUCUUUGCCUCUCAGCCAUGUGAAGUCCCACGUAAUGAGACUUGCUCACCCCCCACCUUUGUCCAAUGGCCAUGGCCACUUCGCCUGCCCUCACCCAACCAUUGCCUUCUCCUCCCACCAGACCACCUCUUGCCACCUCCACGAGGACACCAGCGCCCACUAACAAUGGCAGGUUAGAAUUGGGGAGGUUGAUGCUAUCUCUGGGGGACUACGCCUUGAAGCAGAGGAAGAAGACCCCUGAAGAGCAUCGAGCACACUACAACUCCGUCAUCUCCCUCUGCAUCGCGAACAGGGCGCUCCGCGAGGGGCGCCACCUGCGAUCCCACAUGGCCCGAAUAGGGUACACGCCUGGCCUGUUCUUGGACAACCAGUUCAUCAACCUGUACGCGCGGUGCGGGGAGCUUGACAUGGCCCGGGAGCUGUUCGAUGGAAUGCCCGAGCGGAAUGUGGUGUCCUGGAACGCCCUCAUAUCCGGUUACUUCUCCAAUGGCCGUCUUCUCGAUGCGUUAUUCCUCUUCUGCACCAUGGUUGAGGCAGGACCGAGCCCCAAUCAUCUGACUUACUUGACUGCAAUCCGAGCUUCGGUCGGCACAGGGAGUCGUGAGCUCGGGAAGCAGAUUCAUGGGCACCUCAUGAAGGCAGGUCUCUUCGCUUGUGUCCAGGUCGGGAACUGUUUGAUCAGUAUGUACUCAGAGUUUGGAGAACCGGAGAAUGCUGAAUCAGUGUACAGGAACAUGGUUGAGCGAGACGAGGUCUCAUGGAAUUCCCUGAUUGCAUUGCAUGUCAAAAGCAGGUCUCCUGAUGACGCAUUGGAUCUUUUCGUCGACAUGCAGAAGGAAGGCUUCACUCCAGAUGAAUUCACAUUCGGAAGCUUGCUCUCAUUGACGGAUGCAAACAUCAUUACCAAGCUACAUGGCCAGAUUACUAAGAGGGGGCUGGCUAACAAUGUCUUUGUAGGAAGCGUGCUACUGGAUGCCUAUGCCAGGUCUGGGAAUCCACGAGCUGCAAGCUUAGUCUUCAAUUCCAUGCAGCUACCGAAUGCUGUCACAUGGAACUCGGUUAUCUCAGCAUGCUUCGGGAACAAUAUGGUGCAAGAAGGUCUGAAACUAUUUUGGCAAAUGGGUGAGCAGGGUGUGCUGCCAGAUGAGUAUACUGUCUCCAUCCUGCUGAAGGCGGGUGCUACCUGUUUGUCGAUAAUUGUUGGCAAACAGCUUCAUGGACUUGCAAUCAAAAUGGGAUUGCACGCAGAUGCCUUGAUCGGAAACAGUCUCAUUACAAUGUAUGCGAAACAUGAAGAGGUUUCUGACUCCUGGAAAGCUUUCAGUAGUAUCACAGAGCCAGAUCUUAUCUCUUGGAAUUCCAUUGUCCAAUCUCAUGUUCAGAAUGAGGAGCCUGAACAAGCACUGACACUCUUUUUAGAAAUCAAGGGGUCUGGUUUUGAGCCUGAUGAAUUCAGCUUUGUAGGUGCCUUAGCUGCUUGUGCUUCUCUGGCCUGGUACCGAACUGGAAGAGAAGUUCAUGGCGACCUGGUCAAGAGAAGCCUGGCACCAGAUGCUUUUAUCAGUAGCGCACUUAUUGACAUGUACGCCAAAUCAAUGGUCAUCUCUGAUGCUAGGGAGGUUUUUAACAGAGUUGAACAUAAGGACUUGAUCACCUGGAAUGCGAUGAUUUCUGGGUCGGCACAAAAUGGUUAUUUGGAUGAAGUACUGAAACUACUUUACAGGAUGAGAGAAGAGAACAUCAAGCCAGAUAAUUUUACCUUUGCCAGUAUUUUUGCAGCAUGCACAAAUGCCAUGGCGAUGCAACAGGGAAGACAGGUCCAUGGUCUGGUCCUGAAAUCAGAACUUAAAACAGAUGCAGCUGUAGCCAAUUCACUUAUAACCAUGUAUUGCAGAGCAGGGAACAUAAGGGAAGCAAGAAAGGUUUUCUCUGAGCUUUCCGUCAAGAAUGUAAUAUCUUGGACAGCAAUGAUUGGAGGUUGUGUGCAGAGUGGUUAUUCGAGGGAGGCUCUUGAAAUCUUCGAGCAAAUGGAGAGAGCUGCAGUGAGACCAAAUGCCAAAACCUUCAUUGCGGUAUUGACAGCUUGCAGCUAUGCAGGUUUGAGAAGGGAAGCUGGAAAGUUCUUUAAGAUGAUGGAGACUAAAUAUGGGAUUAGACCUGGAUUUAAUCACUACUCUUGCAUGAUUGACAUUCUCGGGCGAGCAGGAAAAUUAAAGCAAGCAGAAAACUUGAUAGAAGGAAUGCCUUUCGAACCAGAUGCACUAGUAUGGAGAAUAUUGCUGAGUGCUUGCAGAAUUCAUGGUGAUGCUGAAAGAGGAAGGAGGGCCAUGGAAAAGAUACUGGCCCUUGAACCUGGUGAUUCUGCAGCUUAUGUGUUGCUCUCUAAUUUGUAUGCCUCCUUAGGCAACUGGGAUGGAGUUGAGGAAGUCCGACAAAUGAUGAGAGUUAAUGGGGUGAAGAAAGAGCCAGGAAAAAGUUGGAUUGAGCUAAAUGCUAAAGUCCAUGAGUUCAUGGCAGGUGAUUCUUUGCAUCCACAAAAAGAAGAAAUAUGUUUGAGGCUGAGAGAGUUGCUCAAACAGAUGAAGGAUGAAGGAUAUAUUCCUGGUAUAGAACAUGCUGUAAGAUAAGAGGUAAUUAUGGAAUCAUUCUGUUAGAAUUCUCAGCUAUACAGAAUCCCUUUGUAGCAGCAACAAAGAUGAUGAACCUGCAGGAGAUCUUGACUUCUCAGAAUUGAAGUUAAUGGGGUCAUGCAUUAGACUGACCACCCAAUAAUUCAUGUUUAAUUGAUCAAAGUUGUUUGAGAACCACAGAGAAACUUAUGAUGCACGUUAGAGUUACAUUAAAGACAAAAGAACCUCAAUUUUCAACUUGAGAUCUUGAGAAGGGGAAGAUCCAAAGAGAAGCCUGGCAGAAAACUUGUGACAAGUUGGGAAGUGCAAAGAGUCCUAGAAUUAAAACUAUUUCAAAUGUAUAGCAUAAAUUACUAAUUUAGUGAUCAAAAUAAUAUUGAUGAAAAACUAAUCAUUGUUUUUACAGAUUUUACCUUCAAAUAAUUGGUGGUUGUGGAGUUUUAUUGGUUGUACAUAUUUUUACAAAGACAACAAUUUUUUGUCAAUUUAUAUAAAAGACUCUCUAUCUUACAUGGA